AUGGCAGGCAGCACAUCAACCGACAGUCUUCCACCAUUAGCGGUGGUAGGCCUCUCGUUCAAAUUUCCCGAGGAUGCAACAUCAUCAGAUGCCUUCUGGCAGAUGUUGCUCGAAGGCAGAUGCGUUUCGACCGAGUUCCCUGCCGAUCGGAUGAACAUCGACGCCCACUACCAUCCCGAUCGCAACCGCCUCGACAGCGUCUCAAUGCGUGGCGGACACUUUCUCAAGGAGAAUCUAGCGGCAUUUGACGCGCCUUUCUUCUCGAUGAGUGCUGCGGAAGCGGAAGCAAUGGAUCCCCAGCAACGUAUGGUUUUAGAGACGGUCUAUCGAGCCUUGGAAAACGCAGGUCUUCCAAUGGAGAAAGUUGCCCGCUCCAAGACCAGUGUCAUUGCAGGGUCAUUCAGCGAUGACUACUUUUUGCUGCAGACCAAAGACCCGCUGGAUAUGCCUAAAUACACGGCCGUGGGCACAUCGCGGAAUAUGCUUGCUAAUCGAGUAAGCUGGUUUUUUGAUUUGCUAGGACCGAGCGUUGCGGUUGAUACUGCAUGUUCAAGCAGCUUGAUCGCCUUGGAUAUGACAUGCCAAUCAAUCUGGAGUGGAGACGCUGCUAUGGGCGUGACAAUCGGGAGCAAUGUGAUACUAACCCCGGAAUUGACCAUGAGCUUGGACAACCUGGGGCUACUAUCGCGGGACAGUCACAGCUACAGCUUUGACAGCCGUGCAAAUGGAUAUGCAAGAGGCGAGGGAAUCGGUGUCAUUGUGAUCAAGCGACUCGAUAGUGCUAUACGUGACGGAGACACUGUCAGAGCCGUUAUAAGAUCAUCCUCUUCAAACCAGGAUGGAAAGACACCCGGUAUCACGCAGCCUAGCAAAGACGCGCAGGUCCGCCUGAUCAGGGAUACGUACAAAAAGGCAGGCUUGGACAUGUCAUUGACCCGAUAUUUUGAAGCGCAUGGCACAGGAACCCCCAUUGGUGACCCAAUCGAAACGAGAGCGAUAGGGAUGGCUUUUCGCCGGUAUAUGUCCCCCGAGAAGCCUUUAUACGUCGGCUCUGUCAAAUCGAACAUAGGGCAUCUUGAAGGAGCUAGUGGGGUUGCUGGAGUCAUCAAAGUGAUUUUGGCAUUGGAGAAAGGCAUAAUCCCACCGAAUAGUCGAAACCUGCAGUCCCUUAAUCCACAAAUUGACGAAGAGUUUCUUAAUUUGAAGGUGUUGCAAAAGGCCAUCCCAUGGCCUGAGAAUGGCCUACGAAGAGCUUCAGUGAGCUCGUUUGGCUUCGGUGGUUCAAAUUGCCAUGUCGUCUUGGAUGAUGCAUACAAUUCCCUUCGCCUUAUGGGUAUUGAAAACACGCGUCAUCAGACAGUGGUCGCACCUCCAUACUAUGCAAACACUGGUCUAGUGGCUCAAGGGAAGUGUAGCUACGCCAUGAAUAAAGAAAACCGUCAACCAACCGACGAUCAUGUCAUUGGACAAAAGGAGAAUGGAUUGCUUGACGAGGAGGAGAACUACCAGAUUCUUGUGUGGUCAACCGCAGACGAAGACGGAAUCAAGCGACUUGUGGAAUCGUGGAAACCGUUUCUAUCAGACAAAUGUGAAUUCUCAAGAAGUCAGCGACGCCAAUAUCUGCUCGACCUGGCAUAUACCCUCAGUCAGCGCCGCAGCCAGCUCCAAUGGCGGAGCUAUGCUAUUGGAGAUGCCUUGGGGGAUCUCGGAAGUCUCCCAGACCAUUUUGCGCCUGCAAUAAAGUCUACCGACGACCCUCACAUAGCGUUCUUGUUUACUGGACAAGGAGCUCAGUGGCACGCAAUGGGUCGCGAGCUGUUACAUCGGUACCCUGUAUUCGCGGACAGUCUCGCAGAGUCCGCAAAGUACCUGAAAACACUAGGGUGCACCUGGGAUCUGCUAAUCGAGCUAGAAAAGUCAGCAUCUAAUACUAAUGUGAAUAAUCCCGCUUAUGGCCAACCUCUAUGCACUGCUCUUCAGGCCGCCCUCAUUGAUCUGCUUGACAGCUGGGGAGUUAUCCCGACAGCAGUUGUAGGACACUCCUCCGGAGAAAUUGCUGCUGCGUACUGCGCCGGAAGUCUUUCAAAGCAGUCUGCGUUGAAGGUUUCAUACUACCGAGGCUUUCUGGCGGCGAAGCUUGAAGAGCUUAGUUCAAUGAAAGGUUCAAUGCUUGCGGUAGGACUAUCUAAAAAGGAUACCCAAGGAUAUAUUGACAGGAUGCAAGAUCCGAGACUUGUUGUGGCCUGUAUCAACAGUCCUAGAAGCGUGACCGUGUCGGGGGACGCAGAACAAAUUAACUCCCUUCAUGAUCUGCUGCAGCAGGAUGAGGUCUUCUCACGCAAGUUGGUGGUCAACGUUGCAUACCAUUCGUUCCAGAUGCGAGAAAUCGCAAACGAGUAUCAGUCUGCUAUGGGAACGCUGGAGAAGCCGAGUUGUGAGAAGAAGAAGGGCCCAGUCAUGUUAUCUUCUGUCACAGGUGACUGGGUCUCGAAUUUUGAGCUGACGGACCCUGCAUAUUGGGUGCGAAAUAUGGUGUCUCCAGUGUUAUUCUCAGAUGCUGUGAGCCGCAUAUGUUCUUCUCCAGGAAAGCAGACGAGGAAAAUCGAUGGAAGCCACCGCUAUCAAAUGGCCAUCAGUCAUCUUUUGGAGAUUGGGCCGCACGCAGCAUUGCAAGGUCCAUGCCGGGAUAUACUCAAGAGCAUCAACAAGCAAGCCGAUAUCCUUUAUCAAUCACUUCUAGUACGGAAUAAAUCUGCUGUGAAGACGACCUUGGACUGUGCAGGUCGCUUGCAUUGCUACGGCUACCCAAUUAAUCUGGCACUGGUCAACACAACUGCUUAUGAUGGAGCCAACCAAAGGAGGGUGCUCAGCAAUCUUCCUGAAUACCCAUUCAACCAUUCUACAUCAUACUGGCGCGAAAGCCGGAAAAGCAAGGGCUACAGAUGCAGGAGAUUUGGCCGUCUGGACCUUGUCGGUAUCCCAGAUCCAGACGGCAACCAGAUGGAAGCUACCUGGCGGAACAUUAUCCGAGUCUCCGAGAUGUCGUGGGUUCAAGACCACAAGAUCAAUAAUACAAUUCUCUACCCAGCGGCAGGCAUGUUGGUCAUGGCGGUGGAAGCGAUCAAGCAGCUGGUUGAGCCAGACAAAGUCACCGUGGGCUUCAAUAUCAAAGAUGCGGUGUUUCCGUCUGCACUGCAUAUUCCCACCCAUGCAGACGGCAUUGAGACAAAUAUACACAUGAAGCGUGUCAGAGAAGGGAAGUCAGAUAGUAGCGGCUGGUACGAAUUCCGGAUAUGUUCGUACGACAACAACACCUGGAUUGAAAAUUGUACAGGUACUAUUCAAGCCGCAUACGAAGCUGGCGAGAUGGGACUGAAUACCAAUGGUCGAGUGGAGAGCGAGUGGCAGGAGGGUCUUGUGCAGUCAUAUCUGAAUGCAGCAGAUACAUGCGCGGAAUCCAUCGACCCAUCCGAGUUCUACGAAGAUAUAUUCGCCUGUGGCUACCAUUAUGGGCCGGCAUUCAAAGCAAUCACCGCUCUCCGAUGCGAUGGAAAGAGUAAUUCGCAAUUUGUCUCGGAUGUCCGCACCUACAGAUGGGUGGAUGACGAGAGCUCGGCAGUUGCUCAGCCUCAUACGAUUCACCCAACUACAUUAGACGCCGUGAUCCACAUGAUGGCCGGUAUCGUGACGUACGGUGGCCAGAAAAAGUCCGUAGCUGUUCCGACACGGAUCGACCAAGCAUGGAUAUCGAACGGUGGGUUGAGCCAUCUGACAGCGGACAGCAUCAAAGUACAUGCGAGUUCCCAUAGGUCGGCCGUAGGGGACGCCCGGUAUUCAAUGACUGCAGUAGAUCGGAAAAUGACUCGUGCAGUCCUGACCAUCAACGGCCUUAGAGUCACAGCUCUGGCAAGCUCAGAGAGUGUCUCAGAAGAUGGUCAACUACAGACAGAGAACCUGUGUCACCAUAUAGAAUGGAAGCCUGACCUCGACCUGCUGAGCAGCCAGGAAAUCCAAGCUUUCUGUGCAAGUGGUGAGCCAGAUAGCGAAGAAUCAGUCCAGUACUUUACUGAAUUGGACUUCCUUGUUACAACAUACGUUGACAAAGUCCUCAAGUCGAUCACAGACGUCAAGGCCGAUCACCCUCCCCAUAUGGCGAGGUACGUGGAGUGGAUGGUAGAUCAGCAAACAGCACUGGAGUCAGGCCACUCUGCAUUUAGUUCUGAAGUAUGGAGGAACCGCAUGAAGGACGAGAGCUUCGUUAAUGAUGUCCAUGCAAAACUGGAGAGCACGAACAAGCGAGGGCAGCUUGGAGAAAUCGACCCAAUUGUUUGCCUAUUCGAAGGAAACCUGCUCGACGAAUCUUAUUAUGAAAUGGUUCAAUCUGUCCCACGUAUUCGUCAAGUCGCUCGGUACCUGGAUGCUCUCGCACACAAAAACCCACACAUGAAGAUCCUUGAAGUUGGUGCUGGAAGCGGCGCCAUGACUCAAUUCUGCCUUCAGGUCCUUUCUACGAACUCGGAGAACGACGACACGGCGCCUCGCUACAGGCAGUGGGACUUCACCGAUAUAUCUGGGUCUUUCUUCCCAAAGGCGCAAGACCUCUUUGCAUCUCAAGGCAAGCGGAUGCGGUUUAAGACGCUUGAUAUCGAGCACGAUCCUGGACUGGAUGGCUUCGAGUGUGGAACAUAUGAUAUGGUUGUUGCAUUUCUGGUCUUACAUGCUACAAAAGAUCUGUCUGCGAGUCUGAAGAAUGUCCGCAAGUUGCUGAAGCCUGGCGGAAAGCUCGUGCUCUUCGAAAUCACCCGACCGGGUGCCAUCCGGACAACGUUUGUCUUUGGCUUGUUUGAAGGCUGGUGGCGAGGACUCGAGCCCUACCGUCAGAAGAAUCCAUGCGCGGACUCAGCCCAAUGGGAAAGACAUUUGAAGGAAGCCGGAUUCUCUGGCUGCGAUGUUGUGAUCGACGACUAUAGCCACGAGGACUGCCAGGAGGCAAGUCUAAUUCUCUCGACUGCCGUUCAUGAAACUUCCAAGAUGGAAAAGUCGCCGAUAAUCAGUAUCAUCAUUGAUCCUGCUAAUUACGCGCAAGUAGAAUUGGCUGCUGAACUCGAUGCCCAGCUCAGGUAUGCGGGAUUUGCCAAUAUAACGCAAACGCCGGUGGAACAUUUCCUGAAAAAGGAAGAUCACACAAAUAGUCUGGAUAUCGCCCUUUUGGAAGGUUACAGUCCCUAUCUGUACGAUAUAAAGGAGCAAGAGUUCAAGCGUCUUCAGAGCUUGCUUGCUUCUACGAGGAAUCUUAUCUGGGUAAAUGGUGGAGGCGGACAUCGGUCAUGUCCAAAGUACCGACUCGUGGACGGACUGUUUCGAGUCCUGAGGGAGGAGAACCACAGGACAAGACUGACAAUCCUCUCUCUGGAGCAAAAGGCGUCGAUCAAGCACCAGGUCCAGCAGAUUGUCAAACUAGCGCACUCAGCCUUGACUCAGGAGACUGGCAUCGAGACAGAUUACACAGAGCUAGAGAACAUGCUUCACAUCGGCCGCCUGGUUCACGCCACUGGGGUCAAUCAGGAGUUUUCGGCGAAGAAGCUUCCUCAACAGAGGGUAUUACGAGCGUUUGGUGCUGAACCGCGCCUCAGACUUGAGAUAGGCUCCCCUGGUCUGUUGAACACUCUCCACUUCGUGAAGGACACUUCACACCAGAAGCCCCUGGGACCUACAGAAUUCGAAGUUCAAGUUAAGAGUGUCGGCCUUAAUUUUCGGGACGUGCUGAUUGCCCUGGGACGACUGGACAGCGAGGCGUUGGGGGCUGAGUUUGCAGGGCUGGUUACAAAGGUUGGAUCCUCGUGCCGCAAGUUUCAGCCGGGAGACAGGGUUUUGGCGUGCUAUCCCAGUCGUCAUGCGAACUAUGUCCGUCUAGAAGAAAGUAUGGCUGUCAUAAGGAUUCCGGACACUAUGCUCUCCUUUUCGGAAGCCGCCGCUUUGCCAGUCGCUUAUGCCACGGCGUGGAUUGCGCUCAAUGAAAUCGCUCGACUCCAGCACGGCGAAGCAAUUCUGAUUCAUUCCGGUGCUGGAGGAACGGGACAAGCCGCCAUCCAGAUCGCUCAGCACCUCGGUGCGACUGUCUUCACGACUGUCUCCAAUGAGAACAAAAAGCAGUUCCUUGUACAGAAGUACAAUAUCCCGGAGGACAACAUCUUCUCGAGUCGGAACACGCUAUUCGCGAAAGGCAUCAAGCGCCUCACAAAGGACAAAGGCGUGGACGUGGUCCUCAAUUCGUUGUCUUCUGAAGGGCUUAUCGCCUCUUGGGAAUCGAUCGCACCGUACGGCCGAUUCAUCGAAAUCGGGAAGAAUGAUAUCUUAUCCAACUCGAAGCUUCCAAUGUUGCAAUUCGAGCAGAAUGUAACUUUUGCUGCGGUUGAUCUGGCCGCGAUGACGUUGGAUCGCCCACGUAUUGUGACAGCGGCAUUGGAAACUAUUCUGUCAUUGUUAAAAGAAGGGAAGAUCUCCCUCCCGGAUCCACUUCAAGUCUAUGGAAUCUCGGACAUCGAAGCUGCAUUCAGGCAAAUGCAGAGUGGCAAAAACUCAGGGAAGGCUGUUCUGGAGAUGAGAAAUACAGACGAGGUAAUGACUGUCCUGGAAACGCGACCAGCGUACCUCUUUAGCCCCGAGGAGACCUAUCUCAUCGCGGGUGGUCUAGGCGGCUUAGGAAGGAACAUCGCUCGCUGGUUUGUCGAGAGGGGAGCUCGAAAUCUGAUUCUACUCUCCCGGUCGGGACCUCUGAACCCACAUGCCCAUGACCUGGUCAGGGAGUUAGAAGCCAAAGGCGCAAGAAUUGUUACGCCCGCGUGCGACAUAACCGACAGAGAAUGCCUGAAAACUGUCUUGCUCGAGUUUGGGCAGACAAUGCCUCCGAUCAAGGGUUGCGUCCAAGCAUCGAUGGUCGUUAGUGAUGCGCAUUUCGAAGGUAUAUCUUUCGAAUCUUGGAAAGCUUCUACCACGCCUAAAGCCCAAGGCUCAUGGAAUUUGCACGAGCUGCUUCCGAGAGGAAUGAAUUUCUUCGUGUUAAUGUCAUCUGUUGCUGGAAUAUAUGGCGCACGAGGAGCAUCUGGUUACGCCGCUGGAAAUACGUUUGAAGACGGCCUAGCCCGAUACCGCAUUGCGCUGGGUGAGAAAGCUGUGUCCUUUGACCUCGGGAUGUUUCUGUCCGUUGGUGUCUUGAAAGACAACCUGGCGCUCCGAGAAAAGACGUUGGCCAGUACCGUCUUCCAGCAGAUCACAGAGUCUGACCUCCACGCGCUCCUGGAUGUCUACUGUAAUCCAAGUCUGGACGAGGUUCCAUUGUUGAGAAGUCAGACGGUGGUUGGAAUGACUCCCAAACUGCGCGAGAAAGGCAUGACAACCACCGAAUGGAUCAAGCGACCAUUCUACCAGCAUAUGACAUUGGUCGAAGGGACUGAAGCUGGCAUUUCCGGGAAGGCGGAGCAUACCAAUUUCGCUGCUCUCUUCGCAAACGCUGGAUCCGAAGCAGAUGUUACUGCAGCAGUGACAGAGCAGCUGAAGAUCAAGCUCUCCAAGAUGCUCUCAUUACCUCUGGCUGAGAUAGACGUCGAGAAGCCCAUACACCAGUACGGAGUCGAUUCCCUGGCGGCAGUGGAACUACGGAACUGGUUCUCCAGAGAACUCCGCGCAGACGUCGCCAUUUUCGACAUCCUUGGGGGCGCGAACAUUGCCUCUGCCGUUGGACUCGCGGUUCGGAAGAGUGACUACCGAAGAGCAGAAUGGGGAUCUUGA